AUGGGAGGAAAAAGCAGAGAUUUUUGUUUGCCUCAGUACAACACUGGACACAGCAAAUCCACUAUUGUGGGAAAAAGGGUCUUCCCCUCGCGGAUGGCUCAGACCAUCAUGAAAGCUCGUCUGAAAGGGGCCCAGACAGGUCGCAACCUCUUAAAGAAAAAAUCUGAUGCUUUGACUCUUCGAUUCCGACAGAUACUCAAGAAAAUUAUUGAGACUAAGUUAUUGAUGGGUGAGGUGAUGAGAGAAGCUGCCUUUUCACUUGCUGAAGCAAAGUUCACAGCAGGAGACUUCAGUACCACUGUGAUCCAGAAUGUGAAUAAGGCUCAAGUCAAGAUCAGAGCUAAGAAAGACAAUGUAGCAGGUGUGACUCUGCCAGUGUUUGAGCACUACCAAGAAGGAGGAGAUAGUUAUGAGCUGACUGGCUUAGCAAGAGGUGGGGAACAGCUGGCAAAACUGAAGAGGAACUAUGCAAAAGCAGUGGAGCUGCUUGUAGAACUGGCCUCAUUACAGACUUCCUUUGUUACUUUGGAUGAAGCCAUUAAGAUAACGAACAGGCGUGUGAAUGCCAUUGAACACGUGAUUAUUCCUAGGAUUGAGCGCACACUGUCCUAUAUCAUCACGGAGUUGGACGAGAGAGAGCGAGAGGAGUUCUACAGGUUAAAGAAAAUCCAGGAGAAAAAGAAAAUAUUGAAAGAGAAGUCAGAAAAAGAGCGGGAGUUGUGGAGAGCAGCUGGUGGGGAACGUGAGCCUGCCAACCUGCUAGUAGAAGAAAAGGAUGAGGACCUCCUCUUUGAGUAGCUCUGUACAGGGGGACACAGAGGGUGGUAUGUUCACUGGGAUAUUAAUCUGGAAAAUAUUUAUAAACAUGGCUCUUCAUUUGGUGUGUUAGCCUUGUAAUCAGAUUGGACUGUGGCUUUUUCCUGGGAGACUAGAAUUCUGGGAAGAUGACUGCUGAGGGUAAAGUUUGGUCUUUUGUCAUUCUUACAAGAAAAGCUUUUUGGCGUAUGAUAGUGGCCUAGUACUUGUCUACCACACGCAUUUGAUGAUUCAUUUCCCAUUAAGAAUGAAAUAGAUACUCCCCUCCCUUUUUCAGGGCAUGUGUAAAAUGCAGAAUAGUCAGUCCCUCUGCUUUCCUUCUAGAUGGUGGAAAAUAACUGGUGGGGAGGAGAAAAUGCAUGAUACUUGAAAAAAGUUAAACAUGUAUUUCUACAACUUGGAAGAUGUUGAGUGUGAAUAACCCAGCUUUCUAAACUUGUUAGUGAAAUCCACAGCCUUAUGAUUGAACACACUUGUUGCACAAUUGUUACCAUUUGCCUGGAAAAAAAAUCUUUCAUUUUGUGAUUAGAUUUUGCCAAUUCAUGUGCAUGUCUAUGCUGUAUAACAGUAAAAGAAUCUUAAAUGUC